AGGGAUUACAUCUUUCAUUUUGAACUGAGGAAUUACAUAAGACCCCAUAUAUAUAUUGUGUAUUUUUUUUUUUUUAAAUAUGCCCAAAUAUGACAUAGAACACUCAUCCUUCAAAAACCCAAGUUUUAUAUGUCGGUUUCAGAGAAGCUUCUAUCUUCAUCAAUGAAAUCUUCUUCUUCUUCUUCUUCUUCUUUCUUAAGCUUCUUUCCGCCUGAAACACCUCGACUACGUCUUUCCAGCUCUGUCUUACAUUCUAGUGUCAGCUAUAGUUGGAAACAAAAGAGACCCUCUUUCCAAGUCUAUGCAGUCUCCUACGAGAAAUUCAUUCAAUUUGCUUUAAAUCAUACAAAGCACCAUACCCAUUUGUCUCCUUCUCCUCUGCAGGAAAAAUUUAGUUCAAUGAUGUCUACGGAUGGUAAUGUAGAGCUUCAAAUGGGGUCCUUCGAAGCUCCCAAGAUCAGACUUCUACGGAGUCUUAGUAUUGAGACUGAAACAAUGCAGGUUUUAGAUUUUGCUGCCUUCCCAAAACCAGAAUACGAUGUACCCAUCUUUUGUGCUAAUUUUUUUAGCAAUGCAAGUACAAGCAUAGUUUUACUGGAUCUCAAUCCUUUGCACGAUGUCAUCAAUCAAAGGGAGUACAAAGAGAAGUAUUAUUCAAGCCUAAUUCCUCUUGGAGUUAAAUAUUCUGAGCUUUUACCAUGGGGAGGAAAACUUACAUCAGAGUCUUUAACAUUCUUUUCACCGAUUGUUAUAUGGACCAGAUUUACUCCAAACCAACACAAAUAUGAUGUCUUGUAUUCUGCAUUUGUUGAUUAUUACAAGGCUUGGGUUGAGCUAAUUGAUGAAGCAGCAGAGGAGAAUGAUGCAUCCAUAAUUAAAUUCAACUGUGAAGCACAACAUAGAUAUUUGGCAUGGAGAGCAGAAAAGGAUCCUGGUCAUGGACUUCUAAAAAGGUUAAUUGGGGACACAGCCGCUAAGGAGUUGCUAAGGAACUUCCUUUUCCAUGGAAUAGAUGAACUAGGAAGCAAAAGCUUCUUGGACUACUUUCCAGAUUAUCGUUCUGAGGAUGGGACUGUGAUUGAGAAACGCAGUAUAAUUGGAAAGUCCUUUGAAAAUCGGCCAUGGGACGCAAGAGGAGAGUUUGUUGGUAAUAUAUUUAUAAAUUAACUUGUAAUAUAAAAUUGCCUAAUUUUUAUCGACUAGGCCCUCUAUUCAGUCCAUGGUUCAUACAAGCUACUAAUUAUUAGGAUUUUUUCUCCCCCGAAUUUUGGCAUGUACCAAAUUAUGCCCCUGAAUUUUUUUAACCGUUAAAAUUAUUAAGAUUGUUAGAUUUAAGGACUCUUGUCUAAUUUCAUUUAAUUUUACUGUUUCAGUAUUUGUUUAUGUACUAAACUAUGCUCCCAAGACUUUGAUAUCUAUCAAAUUAUGUCCUUCAAACUUUGAUAUGCAUUAAAUCAUGCUCUUAGAACUUUCAUUCAUGUUAGAAUUCUUUUACUAAAAUUAGACAAAAGUUUUUAAAUCUAAUAAUCGCAAUAGUUCAGGGGGAAUUUUUAACGGCAAAAAAAAUUCAGAGACAUGAUUUGGUACAUGUCAAAGUUCGGGGAAAAAAAAUACUAAUUAGCCUUUUUUUUUUCAAUUUUUAUUGUGUAGGAAGGACACAAUUCGUAAACAACACAAAAUAAAUAAAUUUGGGUGAUACAUUUAAUUUUUGUCAAAA